UCGACAGGAAAAAUCCUCGGCACAUAUACGGCGGAGGUGGGCUCUGAGCAAGGUGGCCAAAAAUGACAGCCGUAGGUGGCGGCGUUCUCUCGGAAAUUGCAGCACAGAUGGCCAAAACCGGUCAAGAACAGACUUUUAGUAAUAUAGAUAGAUGAACAUCCUGGACAGAGAAAAGACUAGUGUCAGCUGUAUUGCUAGCUAAAUUGGACUGUUCUGACUGUUGAUGCAGCGGUCCUAGCAGUCGUGUAGAGAACAUUUUGACACACUCCUCACUUACAUCAUGUAAAUUGUAAACAGUCACGUGGUAAAUCUGACACUGCCAUCUCCCCAUCAUUGUUGAAUUAUUCUCCUUAAUCAGAAGCAAUGGAGUUUCAUCAGAUUUGUUCCUGGGAUGGUGGCUUUGUCAUAUCAGGAGGGAUUGAGUUGUUCAGCACUAUUAUCUGAAGUUUAGAAGAUUGAGAAUUGAUCUCAUUGAAACUUACAAAAUAUUUCCUGCCCAAGAGGUUUACAAUUAGAAACAUAGAAAAUAGGUGCAGGAGUAGGCCAUUCGGCCCUACGAGCCUGCACCGCCAUUCAAUAUGACCAUGGCUCAUCAUCCAACUCAGUAUCCUUACCUGCCUUCUCUCCAUACCCCCUGAUCCCUUUAGCCACAAGCGUCUCAUCUACCUCCCUCUUAAAUAUAACCAAUGAACUGGCCUCAACUACCUUCGGUGGCAGAGAAUUCCAAGAUUCACCACUCUCUGUGUGAAAAAUGUUUUUCUCAUCUCGGUCCUAAAAGAUUUCCCCCUUAUCCUUAAACUGUGACCCCUUGUUCUGGACUUCCCCAACAUUGGGAACAAUCUUCGUGCAUCUAGCCUGUCCAACCCCUUAAGAAUUUUGUAAGUUUCUAUAAGAUCCCCCCUCAAUCUUCUAAAUUCUAGCGAGUACAAGCCGAGUCUAUCCAGUCUUUCUUCAUAUGAAAGUCCUGACAUCCCAGGAAUCAGUCUUGGUUCUUGGUUCUUGGUUUCUUGGUCCUCCAAAACAUUCCAAAUGGAAUUUAAACUGGAGGUGGAGUCUGGUGAACCUUCUCUGUACUCCCUCUAUGGCAAUAAUGUCUUUCCGUUGAACCGUUCUAUUUCAAUCCCCUGCAAGGUCCAAGCGUGACGUCAGUCACGGGAGCGUCUUCCCGUUGUCAUGGUGACAGGUGCUCCCAUUCCCAUCCCUUCCAUCCUCCUGCUGUAGCGCGAGAGCUAUCCGUUAGGUAGCGCAUGCCACCACACGCGCGGCCGCAGCCCGGGCAACGUGACCGUCGAUGGCGCCGUCGAUGCUGCUGCUGCUGCUGCUAAACGCAGCCGCUGCGGUAGAAUGAGCUAGAGCCGCGACCAGUCAGCGGGUUUGUCAUCCAAAUCCUGACGCUACCAUCGCGGAGAAAACCUGCCUCGGUCUCCGGGAAUACCAGGAAGCUUCAGUUGCCGGUUUAGUGAACGACAACCGGUACCUCUCGUUCUCUCUCUCAGCCUCAUCGCCUGCUGAGCGCGCGCGCGCACACCGUGAGAUAAUUCCAUGCGAACCGGCCGACAUGUGGACACCGACCGAGGAGGAGAAAUUUGGCGUCGUAAUAUGCAGCUUUCGUGCUUCAGUGCCUCAAGGGCUUGUGCUGGAAAUUGGAGAAACUGUUCAGAUUUUGGAAAAAUGUGAAGGAUGGUUCAGAGGAUUUGCCACCAAGAAGCCUUCAGUCAAGGGUCUAUUUCCUGCAAGUUACAUUCACCUGAAAGCAGCUGUGGUCAGUAACCGAGGCCAGUUUGAGACAGUCGUUCCCGUUGAAGAUUGUAUUGUUACUGAGAUUACUGCCACAUUGCAAGAUUGGGUGCUGCUCUGGAAGCAACUGUAUGUGAAACACAAGGUGGAUUUAUUUUAUAAACUGCGACAUGUAAUGAACGAGCUGAUUGACUUGCGGAGGCAGCUUCUAUCUGGUCAUCUUACCAAGGACCAAAUCCGGGAUGUCAAGCGGCACAUCACAGUCCGUUUGGACUGGGGCAAUGAGCAAAUGGGCAUGGACCUGGUACCCAGGAAGGACUUUGAAAUGGUUGAUCCUGAACACAUAAGUGUGGCAGAUCUCUAUAAACUACACUUAUCCAGUAGGCACAACAUACAGCAGAGUACCACACAGACGGACACCAUGCGGCACCGACACGGCGACACAUGCAGGAUCCCUGUACCCCACCAUCUCUUCCUGAACAUGAAGAGCUUUACCUACCAUACCAUUGGAGAAGAUACUGACAUCUUCUUCUCACUUUUCGACAUGCGAGAGGGCAAACAGAUCAGUGAGAGGUUUAUGGUGAGGCUGAAUAAGAAUGGAAUGCCAAGAAACCCAGAGAAGAUAGACCGGCUAUGUGCACUUUUUACGGAUCUAAGUAAUAAGGAUCUGAAGCGAGAUCUCUACAUAGUUGCUCAUGUCAUACGAAUAGGUCGAAUGUUAUCCAAUGAUUCAAAGAAAGGUCCCCCUCACAUACAGUACCGACGUCCAUACGGAUGUGCAGUGCUGAGUAUGAUGGAUGUUCUACCAUCUAGUUCCGAACUCCGCGAGGAAAAGGAUUUUGUUCUGAAGGUUUAUACAUGCAAUAAUGAAAAUGAGUGGUAUCAAAUCCACGAAAAUAUAAUUCGUAAAUCCAGUAACAAGUACACUGCAGCAAGCACGAAUUAUGGAAUGAUAAUUUCUCUCCAGCUCCUUCGGGGUGAUAUGGAUCACAUUCGCAGAGAGAAUCCUAUCAUCUUUAAUCGGGGAGUGGCCAUCACCCGCAAACUGGGCUUCCCUGAUGUCAUCAUGCCAGGUGACAUCAGGAACGAUCUGUAUCUGACAUUGGAACGAGGGGAUUUUGAGAGAGGUGGAAAGAGUGUUCAGAAGAACAUUGAAGUAACAAUGUACGUUCUUUAUGCAGAUGGAGAAAUACUGAAGGACUGUAUCAGUCUUGGAUCUGGAGAGCCGUCCGUAACUGAACAUUGCUCCUUUGUGAUGUACCACAACAACAGUCCACGAUGGGGUGAGAUAAUCAAACUGCCCAUUCCGGUUGACAAAUUCAGGGGGUCUCACCUUCGAUUUGAGUUCAGACACUGCUCAACAAAAGACAAAGGUGAAAAAAAAUUAUUCGGAUUUGCAUUUACACCACUAAUGCGAGACGAUGGUACAACUCUUUCGGAUGACAUUCAUGAGCUGUAUGUUUACAAGUGUGAUGAAAACAGCACUUUCAGUAACCAUGGGCUGUACCUGGGUCUCCCCUGCUGUAAAGAAGACUUUAAUGGCUGUCCCAACAUUCCAUCCAGUCAUAUAUUCCAACGAAGUGCAAAAGAAUUCUUCUGGAUCUCAACCCUACUCUCAUCUACUAAACUAACACAGAAUGUUGACCUCCUUGCCCUUUUGAAGUGGAAAGCACAGCCAGACAGAGUGAUGGAUAUCCUGGGAAGGUUGAGACAUGUCAACGGUGAAGAAAUAGUUAAAUUUUUACAGGACAUUUUAGAUACAUUGUUUACAAUUUUAGAUGACAACACGGAGAAAUAUGGUUUGCUGGUAUUUCAGUCCUUGGUGUUCGUAAUAAAUUUGCUGCGGGACAGCAAGUAUUUUCACUUCCGGCCAGUGAUGGAUACCUACAUUAAGAAGCAUUUCUCUGGUGCGCUGGCAUACAAGGAGCUGAUCCGAUGUCUGAAAUGGUACAUGGAUCGAUCUGCAGAAGUUAUCAGACAAGACCACAUUCAAGAGGCAAUGAGGGCCUUGGAGUAUUUAUUUAAGUUUAUAGUGCAAUCCAGAAUCUUGUAUUCAAGAGCAACAGGUGGGAUAGAGGAGGAGCACUUUCGUACCAGCAUUCAGGAACUUUUUCAGUCCAUCCGCUUUGUCUUGAGUUUGGAUAGCAGAAGUUCUGAGACCCUCGUCUUCACACAGGCGGCUCUUCUCAAUUCCUUCCCUGCAAUUUUUGAUGAGCUGCUGCAGAUGUUUACAGUGCAGGAGGUGGCAGAGUUUGUGAGAGGAACAUUGGGUAGCAUGCCUAGCACGGUACACAUUGGUCAGUCGAUGGAUAUCGUCAAGCUGCAAUCUAUCGCACGGACAGUGGACAGUCAUCUCUUUUCAUAUCCAGAAUCCCGUCGGAUCCUUCUGCCCGUUGUUCUCCAUCAUAUUCAUUUGCACCUGCGGCAGCAGAAGGAGCUACUUAUCUGUUCCGGGAUCCUCAGCAGCAUCUUUUCCAUCAUGAAGUCAAGUUCCUUGGAACACUCAAUAUCAGAAGAGGUAGAAAUGAUGGUCGAGAGUCUCCUUGAUGUCCUUCUUCAGACCUUGCUUGCUAUUAUGAAUAAGUCCCAGAUGGCGGAGGCGGUAAGAGGACAGCGCUGCCCACAGUGCACAGCAGAGAUAACCGGUGAGUAUGUCACCUGCCUACUGUCCUUGCUUCGACAAAUGGGAGAUAACCACUACCAACACUUACUGGAUAAUUUCCAGAGCAAGGAGGAACUCAAGGAUUUCUUAUUAAAAAUAUUUUGUGUGUUCCGCAAUUUAAUGAAGCUGAGUGUAUAUCCACGUGAUUGGAUGGUGAUGAGACUACUAACAAGCAAUAUCAUUGUUACCACUGUCCAAUACCUGUCUCCAGCAUUACACAAGAACUUCACAGAAACAGAUUUUGAUUUCAAGGUGUGGAACUCAUACUUCAGCUUAGCUGUUUUAUUUAUCAAUCAGCCUAGCCUUCAACUAGAGAAUGCCACUCCUGUCAAAAGGAAGAACAUUCUGGAUAGAUAUGGUGACAUGAGAGUGAUGAUGGCUUACGAACUUUUCAGCAUGUGGCAGAAUCUAGGUGAAAAUAAGAUUCAUUUUAUCCCAGGAAUGAUUGGCCCCUUUUUGGGUGUGACACUAGUGCCACAGAUUGAGGUUCGGAAUGUAAUGAUCCCAAUCUUCCAUGACAUGAUGGACUGGGAACAGCGAAAGAAUGGCAGCUUCAAGCAGGUGGAAGCAGAACUGAUCGACAAGCUGGAUAGUCUGGUGUCAGACGGAAAAGGAGAUGAAAAUUACCGUGAGCUUUUCAGUCUCCUUACCCAGCUCUUUGGGCCUUAUCCUAGUUUAUUGGAGAAGAUUGAACAAGAGACAUGGAGAGAGACGGGUGUUUCCUUUGUAUUGUCUGUAACACGCCUAAUGGAGCGGCUGCUGGAUUACAGGGAUUGCAUGAAAGGGGAUGAUGCUGAAAAUAAAAAGAUUGGCUGUACUGUCAAUUUGCUGAACUUUUACAAAUCGGAGAUUAACAAGGAGGAGAUGUAUAUACGUUAUAUCCACAAACUAUGUGACAUGCAUCUGCAGGCUGAUAAUUACACAGAGGCAGCAUUUACACUGAUGCUAUACUGGGAACUGCUUCAGUGGGAGGAUAGGCCCUUACGGGAAUUUCUGCACUACCCAGCACAAAACAAGUGGCAGCGCAAGGAAGGAUUGUGUCGCCAGGUUAUCAACUACUUCAACAAGGGGAAGUGCUGGGAGUAUGGGAUCCCUCUCUGCCGGGAAUUGGCAAGUCAAUAUGAAGUCUUCUACGAUUACCACAGUCUUAGCUGGAUUCGGAAAAUGGAAGCUGCAUAUUAUGACAACAUACUGGAGCAGCAGCGCCUGGAACCAGAAUUCUUCAGGGUUGGAUUUUAUGGCAGAAAGUUUCCAUUCUAUCUGCGGAACAAGGAAUUUGUGUGCCGUGGUCAUGACUACGAGAGACUUGAGGCCUUUCAGCAAAGAAUGCUGACAGAAUUCCCACAAGCCAUUGCCAUGCAACAUCUCAACCAGCCUGAUGACACCAUCCUGCAGUCUGAUGCACAGUAUUUGCAAAUAUAUGCAGUGUGCCCGAUUCCAGAGAAUGUGAGCGUUCUUCAGAUGGAAAGAGUUCCAGACCGAAUUAAAAGCUUUUAUCGUGUAAAUAACGUCAGCCACUUUCGAUACGACAGACCCUUUCACAAAGGUUCAAAGGAUAAAGAAAAUGAAUUCAAGAGUCUCUGGAUCGAACGGACAACCUUGACCCUUACACACAGCUUGCCUGGGAUCUCCCGCUGGUUUGAAGUAGAGAAGAGAGAAGUGGUGGAGGUGAGCCCUUUGGAAAAUGCAAUCUAUGUUGUGGAGAACAAAAACCAAGAGCUGAGAACUCUCAUCAACCAGUACCAGCACAAGCAGCUACAUGCUAACAUUAAUCUGCUCAGCAUGUGUCUGAAUGGAGUGAUCGAUGCAGCAGUCAAUGGAGGAAUAGCCAGGUACCAGGAGGCAUUUUUUCAAAAGGAAUAUAUAGUGAGUCAUCCAGAGGACAGUGAGAAGAUUAACCAGCUGAAGGAACUGAUGCAGGAACAGGUUCAUAUUCUUGGAGUGGGUUUAGCGAUUCAUGAGAAGAUGGUACAUCCAGAAAUGCGGCCACUGCAUAAGAAGCUUAUAGAUCAGUUCCAAAUGAUGAGAUCCAGCCUUUGUCAUGAUCUUCCUGGAAUGGACAAGAUCAGUCCUAUUUGCUCUGGUUCAAGUACACCACGUGGAAACCUCAUGUCUGGUCAUAAUCCUAUGAGUCCAGAAACUAUCAAGCUCAUGCACAGGCACAGGCACUCCUCAUCAUCAUUAUCCUCACAAACAUCCAGUGAGGUUGGGAAUCUUGUCAUCCUCCCAGACGGGAUAGCUGGCGAAACCCCAGAUGACCUUUACCGCAUGCAGCUUGCUUAUGCUAACACCAAGUUCCAGGGCUCCAUGACAAAUGUCUCUGUUUUGUCAUCGUGCCAGGCAAGUCCAUCCACUUCUAGCCUGAGUUCCACACACUCUGCCCCUUCACAGAUGAUCAACUCAGCCCCAUCAAGUGCUCGAGGAUCCCCAUCAUUGUCGGAUAAAUAUCGUCACUCAAGGGACAUUAUGAUGUUGCUGCCUCCUCACAGGGACAGACCAAGCAGUGCCAUGUAUCCAGCUAUGAUGGAGAAUGGACAACCUACCAGUUUCCAGCGGGCUUUGAUUCAACAAGUGGUCGGACCCUGCAAACCAUGCAGUGACCCCAACCUCUCAGUUGCUGAAAAGGCGGUGCCUGCAGCUCCCAGUUGCUGGAGUCUAGAUAGUGGAACUAGAGAUACGGUACCAUUCCUGUCAGCCUAUGUGGGCACCAUUGCUGCACCUCCAGUGCCACCUCGUACAUUGCCACCUGGUCAUUUCUCAAUGAAUUUUGAUGCCUUCCAUCAUCAGACCAGUGACAUGCCACCUGCCUUACCCGCACGAACCCUACGUAAGUCUUCACUGCAUCCUAUACCUGCAUCACCCACUAGUCCCCAUUCAGGUCUUGAUGGCAGCAACUCCACUUUGUCUGGCAGUGCAAGUAGUGGAGUGUCCUCUCUGAGUGAAAGCAACUUUGGCCAGUCGAUGGAGCCACCACGUGCUGACACUAUAGACUCUGUCCCUAGUCAGACCUGGAAUCCAGAUGAGGACGGAGAGUCCCCUUACAUACCAGUGAGGUACAGCCUGUCAGAGCCAGACGUCAUCGAAUCAGUCAAAGCUCACCCGUGCCGCAGCCAUUCUGCUCCCACUGGGGUCAUUCCGAAGGAAUCCUUGGAGACCUCGGUAUUGCCCCCAAAACCAUAUCACUCCAGGCCUGCAUACACAGACAAUGAAGAUGUACUUGAAGAAGAGAGCAGGCCAAAGAGUUUUACAUUGAAACUGUCUCAGUCUGGCCUAAGUGGUAAAAAUGACCAGGCCAAGGUACCGUGGGAACAUGGCAUCAAUCAAGAAUAAGUCACAAUGCGUUCUGGAAAUCAAGGUGUUGACUGGUUCAUCCUACGGGUGGCAGCCACCUCUGUUUAUUGUAAACAGACUAUAUCUCUUUGGAAAACAUAAUUGCUUUGAUUCUGAGAAAGGAGGUCUAUCUGUUUUUGGCCUGGUUUACAGUUAAGAAAUAUUGAAGUGUUGAGAAGAGCAUUCAAAUCUUCAUACCCAAUUGAGAAUAUUUUCUGUCACAAUCAUGCACUUCACUUCGAUUAUUGUAAAGAUGAAUUUACAAGGAUUGUGAACUUCAAUUGGUAUUUGUCAUUUUAUUAUGUGCCCACCGAUUCCGCCAUUUGAUGCCCGUACAUGUACAUUCUAAUUUGCUAUCUCUUAGGCUACUGGUGAAGACAUUUUAUAUCUCCCAUCCAUGUCAUUUCACUUUUGCUCAUAAGUGUGUAAAAUGGUGUCAUUGAGAUCUCACACUUGCUUUAAGGCUAUUCCUAUAAAGCAGAAAAGAAUUGUCAUAAUUGUCUAAAAGUAGUGGACCAGAGUAAUAUCAAAAAGUAACUGGAAGGUACAAACAUAUAAAGCAACACAUGAUAGGACCCUACUGAGUUCAGAAGUGAUAAAUUUACAAUUAACAUUAAAUUUGCUUUAAUGUAACAAAUUUCAUAUUUGACCUUCAUUAAAAUUGCAGAUCAAUUAAUUCAUUAGAAUUUUUUUUAAUUACAAUUCUUUAUUGGCUUUUGUGCACUGGGUGAGGGUUCGCAUUAAUGUGAAUGUAUGUAAAAGCAGACAGUAUUAUGUACAGUUCCACCCACUAAGUUCCUUCUGAAUGGCAAACCACAAAAAUACUAACAAAAUAAACCCUAGAAAAAUCCAGAUGCUGGAAUCUAGAGUGAAAUACAAAAUACUGGAUGAAUUCAGUGGAUCAAGCCUAAUCUGUGGAGGGAAUGGACAAACAGCGUUUCUAGUCAGGACCCCUCUUCGGACUAAUGUAGUGGGGUUGGGAGAUAAAGUUGGAAGAUGGAGGUUUUGUUUUGCCGAGAAAAUGCAGUAAUAAUUAAAGUAUAUUUAUGUUUUUUAACUACUUUGCAAUGAGUUUCUGUAAACUUCAACCACGCUCUGAUUCAGCCAAUCACUCUGUAGUCCUAAUCCAUUUUUUGGAAGAGUUCACAUCAGAGAUCCACCGCAUUGUCUUUGAAUUAAUCUUUAAAUUACCUAUCCUAGAAAACAGUAAAAGUAGCAGUGUGGUGUCUCUUUCUCUGAAUGCGCUACCUGGUAUAGUAUUAACAUUUCACAGACCAAUAGGUGCGAUUCAUGUGCUAAGAACCAAAAGCAGGCAAACCUGGAUUUCUGAUCCUCUUAGCAAAGAGUAUAACACGGACAAGGGGUGGUGGGUGUAUGGAACAAGCUGCCAGAUGAGGCAGUUGAGGCUUGGACUAUCCCAACGUUUAAGAAACAGGUACAUGGAUAGGACAGGUUUGGAGGGAUAUGGACCAAGAGCAGGCAGGUGGGACUAGUGCAGCUGGGGCAUGUUGGCCGGUGUGGGCAAGUUGGACUGAAGGGCCUGUUUCCACACUAUCACUCUAUGACUCUAUGACAAGAAAAAAACUGCUGAAGCAUUAUCAGUCAGUAUAGCUAUAAGUGCAGGGUUGAAUCUGCAAUCCCACAUGUGCGAGAAUUAGUCACAAACUUUGUCUGUAUAGCUACGUGAAAAGAAUGGCUUCCAGUGAUUUGAUGUAACAGGAGCUCCUUCAAAAUAAUAUUCUGCGAACAGUAGCCCUGUAUUGCCAGCACUUCAAAGGAGGCCACCAUUAAUAGAAAAUUGCUUCAGCAGUGGUCCUUGGAAUAAUAAGAACCAGCAGUUCAGAGUGAGGAGAAUGCGGUAACAACAAAAUGACAAAUACUUUCUGUUCCAGUUUUAUGACAAGACUGUCUUUAUACAUUCUUCAGGUUCCAUAUAUCUAUAUUUCAUUAUUAUGUCCAUUUAAAAUAAAGUGUGCAUCAUUUCUAUGCUAAAAAAGGCACAACGUGCUGGAGUAACUCAGUUGGUUAUGCAGCACCUCUGGUGAUGUUUAGAGUUGAGACCCUUCUUUAGUCUUUUUUGUAAACCAGCAUUUGCAGGUCCAUUUGCCUAUCAUUUUCUUUGCUGUUUAUCACAAUUUCGAUUGGACGUUUUUACAAACUAGUUCCUAUCUGUGAACAACCCUUGGCAUUUGAGUUAAAUUUGAAUGCUAAUAGAAAAAGAGUGCACCACAGAUUGCAGAAUUCCCGUGGGUGAUAUGGGUUAUUAACAAAAGAUUGUAGAUAGUAGGAAAGGCAGAUCAUUCCACAUGCUGUAUUUGCUGUAGUGCAAUAGUAUUGAAAAUCUGAAAUCUAAAUAAACAAAAAAUACAAAAAAAAAGGUGAUUUCAGAAUGGAGAACAUCAGCCUUCAUUUUACUACUGAUGAAAUUGGUGCACAAAAUUAUUCAUUGUUUUUAUGCAGGCAAUAAGGUUUACAUUUUUCAUAUGAUAGCACGACUACAUAAUUCUAUCUCAUUCUUCAUCUUACUAUUUUUACCCACAGGCAGCAAUCUGUUCAAAAUAAUAUUAAUUAUAAACUAACCUUACCAACAAGCUCCAUCAAAAUGUGUUUUAAUAAAGUGAACUGAUUUUUGUGAUGCAGAAAUAGUAUUUAUGCAACAGGUUUAUUGUUUCUGAUGCAGAUUAAUAGCUUUCAUUAUAUAUUGUAUAUGAGGAUGUUUCUCAGCAGGUAAGUUCACCAAACGCGUUGAAAUUAAAUCAUACUGAGCCAUCGCAUUCCCACUUUUGUUGGAUUUUAUUGAUCACAGCUAGAGCAACAUUAGCGGUACUACAUUUGGUUUCUGGGAUUAUAGGGGUGAAUUAGUCAGAAUGCCUUCUCUGCAAUCUAAACAGUGCCUAGGUCCACAAUAGGAGCAAACCGAUUUGUUGCAUUCUGAUCCUGCCAAAAUUUCAGACUAAUUCUUCCAAUAGUCAUGAAAUUUUCCAAUUUUGCUAUUCACCUUGUUGAUAUCAAUCAGAACUACCACGAUUUAUCUGAUGUGAGAAAUGGAAGAAGGUCACAUACAAUUGUAAAUGUUUCUUUGAUGUUAAGAAUAAAGUGCUGUCUUUAGCCAGAGUAAAAUUAGCAUCAGCUUGCGGUGUCUACUGAGAGAGGUUUUAGACUGAUGCUGGAUGUUUGAAAUUGGAAUUGUAUCACCAAUUCUAUCAUAAAACUUCUAAAAUUAUUUUCCUAUUCCAGUUUACCGGUUCUUGUCACAGUUGUACCCCACCAUUGAUGCUACUAUGAUGCCAGAUUCAUAUUAGUUUAUUGUGAAAUACACCAAGGUGCAUUGAAAUUCCUUGUUCACAUGGAGCUCAGAGUAAAUAAUAUACUUACAGUACUAAUAAAUACAAUAAUAAGUAUAACAUUGAGUGCAAAACAGCAGAAUGAUGCAAGAUUAUUAAGCCACCAGCUAUCUGAAGGCAUUAGUGACACGCCAUUCCAUCCUCAUCUCUGCAUAUCCAUAUUUCCCUAUAGAGACCACUAAAAACCUGCCUGUUUCUCCCCACUCUUGAUACCUUCAUACCAUCAGGAACCUUGUAGGUAGACAAACUGUGUCUACCUUCAAUUUUCCAUCAUCUGCAGUUCCUUCUUAAACAUCAGGAACCAUGCAGUGUUUUUUGCCUAACGUAGGCAGAUGAUGAAAAGGUGUUAGUAAAUGUAAAUAGGUGUGAAUUAAUAGUUUGAAAAAACUAUUUUCCCUUUUAUUCAAUAUUUUGCUCAUCGCAUUGUAUUACAUGGGAAAAUAAAAUAACAUCUGUUAUCACUUUUAGUUUGUCCCAUUUAGUGGCAUUUUGUUGUUGUUAUGGCUUCAGAAUAUUCUGGAACCAAUCUAUUGUCAUUUCUAAACUUUUACUGUCAUUCCUGUUUUCAGUUAAUUUGUUUUUGAAUUGGUCUUCAUAAUACCCACAGUGACAUUCAUACCUUGAUGAUGUUCUCAUUGUCAUUGGUACACCUGCAACAAAAACUCCACAUGCUGAUCAUAGCCCAUCUAUAUCUGGUUGUGUGGAAAUUAGGAUUUGUUUCCUAACACGAUCAACCACAUAAGGAUGAAACGCGUUUUAAAAUAUUAUAAAAACCCUUUGCUUACAAGCCCCAAUGUAGCAAGUACAAAGAUAUGACACAGAUACUUUACGGCAGUUAGAGAUCUUGCAAGAGAGUUUUUAACUAUUUAUUUGUAUAAUAACAAGCACUUUCAGAGAAAGAGCAUUCAAAGGUCAGGGGUUAUACAGGGAUUAUACAUUUUCCCUAUUAACAUAGCUUAAGCUACCACAUUCUGCUGGGAUGUGGGAUGUAAAGUGUGCUCUUGAGAGUGAACUGUAAAUAAAUUAAAAGGUUCUUCCAGGUUACAAUUCAGAAAGGCAUGUUUCAGUAUUAACAAAAAGUGCAGCAAAAAUUAGACAUGAAGUGAAGUGAAUUUAAAGUGAAUGUGAUUCUAAGUGCAUCCAUAUGUACCCUUUGGUCCAAUUCACAUUCUUUUGAUGAUGAAAUGGGGGAUGAACCCAAUAAGGUCAUAGACCUGAAAAAUAGGUCCCAAUGAUGAUGAAUUGCAACUUGUGGCCCAUACAGUACGUUCUUGCAAUUAAAGAGUCUCCAAGCUACUGGUAAAUGCUAUCUUUCCCCCCAGAGUGAAAGGGCUGUUAUUGAAAUUUUCAAUUAUAUUACAAUAUCUAUCCAUCAUUGAAAUGCCAUUUGGAAAAGGGUGUGGUCCAAGUAAAAUAUGAAAGAGUAACUACAGUUGAGAAGAGCUUUUGCCCUCUUUAAUCUCAAUGCCCAGUGCUGCAGGGAAAAAGCAUGCCUAUUAGUCAUAUAUAUAUUCAGAGCAUCCAUUUAUUGGAUGUUUUUAUUUGGGAUGUUGGUUAGACAGAAAUCCUACUCUUUUACAAAAAAUACAAAUUUAAUUUUUUUAAACUUAUUUUUGCUCAAACGUGUUUCUAGUGCCCAUUAAAGUCAAGAAUUCAAUUGAGAUUUUGUGAAAAAGGAAAUGAAAUGUGAAAAGACUCUGUAAAAUAAUACAUUUGAUGUAUAACAACUGUAACAUGCCUCGUAAAAGGCAGUUAUGUAAUAUUUACCCAGCUAUUGCAGUGCUUUCUUCGCAGUACACAAGCUAUGGAAUGUGUCCUGUAACUAAAGCAUGCCAAAUGUAUUUUUGUGAGCCUUGUAAUUUACAGUCCUGUUUUCUGUACAGCAAUGUUUCAAAUGAUGGAGUUUAAACUGCCUGUUGUCACCAUGGGUUUCUUGGAUUUAAAACCUAUUAGAGUAAUCGCACAGUGAUGUAAAGCUGUUUUUCCCCUUGCCCCUUUCCAAAUUAUGUCUGCCUUUAUUGAACCAUGUCAGUGCCGAGUAACCCUAUUUUUUGUGCAAAUCUUCCCUUCUCAAUUAUGUAUAUUUACGAAUUUUACAAAAAAAAAGGACAAAGAGAAAGACCUUUGAUGAAGUGUGGGCCUAUUUUGUGAAGGAUUUAUCUUUAACACUGAAUUCUCAUUCUGUUGCUUUUAAUGGUCUUUUCUACGCAUCAUGACACUGGGUAGCUUAAGCUGGAAGAUCAGUAACUAAUCACAGCUACUAUUUGUGCAAUAGGCUUGGGAAAACAAGGCUGGAGCUGAAAGGUUCUGCUUGGGCACAGAUGAGUCUCUGACAACCAACAAAGGGUGGCCAAUGGGUGUAGCAGAAUGACACAUUCAUCCUAAUUGCAGCAAAAUAAUUGGGGGGGGGGGGUUAAGCGAGGAUUCUUAAAGCCAAACUGCUUUUCUAUGUUGGAUGAAUAGCAGAUGAUCAUAAGGAAUAUUGACCUUUCAUCAGACCCAUGGUUAGGUUCAGUUCAGCUCCAUUUUGAUUGUGUACUAAAUAGGACUGACUGCCCUUUACCAUUUUUGUAAGGGGAGCAGCAAGGAAAUAUUGGUGAAAGUACAUAGUGGGAUUUUACUGUAUAUAUUGUGUUAGCAUGUCAGAAUAUGUGAUGUGAAUUUUAGAUGUAAAUACUGCAGUUAGUUUUCCUAUUCACCAAAUUGCUGUUAUGUGUAAUUCCUUAAUGCCUAAAAUUAAAGUCUUGAUUUAACCAGUAA